GAUUGAUGUGAUGUAACAUAUUAUUACAUUUAUUCCUAAUUAUCAUAAUUCAAAAAUGGCAUCAAGAAAUUUAAUCACUAGGAUAUCCGGCCUGCAAACAACAUUGAACAAGUCGCAAGCUCGGAUAUUGAUAACAAGAAGAUGCACGACAAGUUGCAUGAAAAGAUCUGAUGACAGACUACUUCCAAGUUUAAAUUCAAAUAAAAUUGAAAGAACAAUUUGUAUUAGGAAAGUUCAUGGAUAUGGCAGCCCAGAGAUCAUAGAGACUGAUGAACCUGAUGUUUUGUAUAGAGGAAUUGAUGUUUUUAUUAAGAGCCAUGAGGACUCUGUACUCCAAUCAUACACUGACUUUGCUGUUAUGGCUGCAAAUGAACUUGGUAUUAAAGUAACAGGAAUACUACAUCCAAAAAUGAUCGUGGAUAGAAUAACAUUAUUGAAAUCAGUUCAUGUUCACAAGAAACAUCGAGCUCAAUAUGAAGCACAAACUCAUAAAAGAGUAAUACAACUUCAACAUUUAACAGGCUCCACUGCUGAUGUUUUUCUUUCCUAUAUUCAAAUUAAUAUUCCUGCUGGUGUUGCCAUGCAAGUUCACAAGUAUGCAAUUGAAAGUUUACCCAAACAUUUGGAAAAAACGAUGGAAGAAAAAUACGAUAAAAUAACGCCCGAAGAUGAAGCGUUGGCAAAGAAAAUGAGCGAGCGAAUGCGACAUUCGAAGUUAUCGGAGAACAGAAAAUUCGAGGAGUAUGAUGUUACAAAACCUUAUUUAAUCGGAACUGCUGGAUGAAAAGUGAUGCUCAUUUUUUACGAUAAUUAUUAUUUUUUUCAAUAAAGGUUCUACUCUCUCAGUUGUUA